CUUUUCGUCUCACAACCCCUCUACGUCGUCAACACAAACAUAUGAUUAUUUCACUUUGUGGUUGUUUUAGAAGGGUUGAAACUCGAACUUGCCAGCGGAAGGGUGAUUUAAAAGUAUAACUUGGAUUGAUUGGUUCCUAAGGUGAAGUGUUCCAGUGGAAGGGAUGUAAUUAAUUUACAAAAGGUCCUUUGGCAAUUUCGGUGACAAUCGUCGUAACAAUAAUUCUUCUUUCUGUUCCCAGGAAAAGUGACAUCAUUCAAUCUCUCGUACCCGGAGAAAAAAUUCUAGAUCCAUUAUUCGUUUGGCGAACCUCCGUACUUCUGCUUCUGGGAAUAUGUUCCAUCGCCAGCACCGUAUUUCUAGUCAUGUCCAACGUAAUGGAAGUCAAACAAGCUAAACCUAUCAAGUCUUGGUAUUUAAAAUCGUAAUAAAUCAAUUACGAUGAGAAAUGUUCUCGCGGCUCGUCUCAAGUCGCUGACUAAAUGUCAAAACGUACGAUACUUGUCUCAGAGUAUCGUCAAUAAUAAGUAUUUCGUCGUUAAAGAUCGCGAAGAUUUCGUUAAAAAUGUCAUGAACAGUAAUAUUCCGGUUAUUGUUAAUUUUCACGCUGAAUGGUGCGAUCCUUGCCACGCGUUGACUCCUAAACUCAUCGAAAUGGUUAAAGAUUCCGAAGAUAUAAUAUUGGCUGAAGUUGACAUAGAGAAGCAUGCCGAAUUAGUUCACACAUUCGAAGUUAAAGCCGUCCCUGCUGUUAUUGGUAUCAAAAAUGGUAUCGUUGUUGAUAAAUUUAUAGGUGUAGCCGAUAAAGCUACCAUUAACAAAUUGAUACAAAAUUUACAACAGAAUCCGUCUCAGCAUCAAUCUUGAUGGAUUGAGUUUUAGUCUUCGAUUUAUUUUAUUAUAAAUUAUAAGUAUGAGAAUCUUAUUUUUAAUUUGUUAUUAUUUGAUUAGUAGGUCGUAGGGGUUUUGAGUGAAUCAAAUUAUAAGUAUACUUUUUAAUUCUUAACUCUGCAUUUUAAUCGCUUUUUACUUGAUAUCUUGUGUUCUUGGUAACGAUGAGGAUCAACUAGAAGAGUUUAUUUUUAUUUUUUUUCUAUACCAUAUUUUCUAUUCUAUGAUACCGAAAUACUAUAUUAUGUUUACCAAUUUCUUAUUUUUAAUUAAGUGUAACCUUAUUCUGUGUGGCGUCUCUUUACGGUAUUUUAUAAAAAUUUCGUUCGAUGAUUUACGUUUACCUAUGUUUAUUUUUAAUUAUUAAUUUUCUCUAUGUGACGACUUGACUUUUUUUUUUUUAACAUUUCUACCUUCGUCUAUUGUAUACUUUUGAACCAUGUUGAUGAAUUAAUUUUAAUAAAUCUUCUAGUCAUGCA